AAUGCACAGGAAAGGCGCCUGCAUUGGAGAUUUUGAUUGUUAUAUUGUGCUUCACUUUCUGUGAGGAUGCUUAAGAUCCCUCCCCACCAAGUUGCAGGGCACCAAGCAGGCAACGGGAAGCUUGGUCCCCUUGUGGAUGAAUCAGGACGUUUCUACAAGCCUCUCCAAGGCGAUGAACGAGGGUCCAAUGAGCUCAAAUUCUACACAUCAUUCUCUUCUAACAGUAGGAUUUUAGAACACAUCUCCAAAUUCUUCCCCACCUUUUAUGGCACUCAGCUCAUAGAGGCAUCUGAUGGAUCUGGGUUGAAACCCCACUUAGUUUUAGAGGAUCUCUCUGUUGGUCGAGUCAAUCCAUCAAUUGUUGAUAUUAAAAUAGGUUCAAGAACCUGGGCACCAGAAGCAUCUGAGGAGUACAUCCAGAAGUGUUUGAAAAAAGAUAGAGAGACAUCGAGCCUUCCCUUAGGAUUCAGGCUAUCAGGGAUACAAAUCUAUGGAAACAGAGAAUCUGGUUACUGGAAACCUGAAAGAACUUCCAUGCAGAACCUUCCUGCAGAGGAAGUCAAGUUAAUCCUGAAAAAGUUUGUUUCUUCUAACACAUCGACUGACAUGGACUUGCAACCAGAUUGUGCUUUUGCAGCAACUGUUUAUGGCGGUUCUACUGGCAUUUUAUCACAGCUACUAGAGAUGAAAGCGUGGUUCGAGGAUCAAACGAUGUACCAUUUUUAUUCUUGCUCAAUCCUGAUAAUGUUUGAAAAGGGACUUGCAUUGGAAGGACAGAAUCCAGGUGGACAAAUCAAGUUAAUUGAUUUUGCUCACGUUAUUGAAGGAAGAGGUGUAAUUGAUCAUAACUUCUUGGGGGGUCUCUGCUCUUUGAUCAAGUUCAUAUCUGAAAUUCUUACUGAUCCAAAUGAACACAAGAGCCUCGUUUCCUCUGUUAAUGGUGUCAACUAAUUUAGCUAAUUGCAAAUUGCAACUUCUUUUUGUAGGUAGUUUUAUUCUGGGAUGGUAUUAACCCAAUUGUUAAUCUCUACUGCACCCAGGAUGACAAUUGAACAUUUUAACAAAAUAAGAUAUUCUCAACUUUAUUUUUUCAAA